GUCCUGAGGGUAACCAUGUCACUCCUAGGAUUUGAAGACCAUUGAGGGGGGGUGACCCAAACCUAAGGCCUAGACUAAAAACAGGAGCAGAUCACAUGGACCUGGGUUUUUUGGCAGAAUGGAGUUUGCAGUUUGUUUGUGGUGAGACCAACACUUUGAGGGACCUGGACAAUGACGAGCGUUGAGGCGAAGACAAAAACACAGAUGGAUGGCAAAGCAAUUCAUCAGGGAGCAACUUCAGCUUCAGAAGAUCAGGACCAGUUCUUCUCUCUGCUCAGUCAUGUGCAGAGGAGGGACAUGGAUGAUCAACGUUGUGUUUUGGACCCCAAUAAAAAGACAGAGAAUGUCACUGUAGACUCAGAUCCUGAUAUGGAUCAGUUUUUUAACCUUGUGGCCGACACUCAGAGAUGUCGCCUCGACGACCAGCGUGUGUCCAUUGAGGUGUUGCCAGGGCUCCGGCUGACUGAAGUAAAAAUGGAGGCUGGACAGAAACCGAAUCAACUGGGAAGCACAGGUCCUGUGAAGGUUGGGCAGGGGUGUUCUACUCAGAACCUGAUAACCUUUGGGUCUCCAACUAUCUCCAAGAAGGCUCAUUCCACACCUGCCUCCGCCUGUCAGGUCCAGCCUGGAUUUGUGUCCUCCAAGCAAACCACUCAAGAAUCAGCCUCCUACACUCCCAAACGAGAGAAAACAAAGGAACAAGAUAAGGGGGCACUCUCAGAUUUAAAGGAGCAGGAAGAGUUCUUUUCUCUGCUAAGUCAUGUUCAGAGGAAGAACAUGGAUGAUCAGCGCUGUCCCUUGGGUCCCAAGAGUAACAUCCGAAGUGUCUGCAAAGGCAAAAAUGCCGGUGACUCAGAUUCAGAUAUGGACCAGCUUUUCAAUCUUGUGACCAACGCUCAAAGAAGUCGUCUUGACGAUCAGCGCGUCUCCAUCGCGAUGUUGCCAGGACUGCGCGUAGGUGCUGGUAGUGAUCAGAAUGGACAAGUGAAAAUGGCGACUGGACAGACAGCAAAUCAACUCAACAGCAUGAGGGCGAUCUCAGAUUCGAUGGAGCAAGAUCAGUUCUUCUCUCUGCUCAGUCACGUACAGAGGGGAAACAUGGAUGAUCAACGCUGUGUUUUGAACCCAAACAAGAAGACCCUAAGUACUUCCAAAGACAAAAAUACUGGAGAAACAGAUUCUGAUCUCGAGCAGCUUUUGAAUCUAGUGUCCGCCACGCAGAAAUAUCGCCUUGAUGACCAGCGCGUGUCCAUUAAGAAAUUACCAGACCUCCACGUAGCCGCUGGUUCCGAUCAGGAUGGACAAAUGAAAACAGCAGCGGGACAGAAACCAAACCAGCCUGUCAGUACGAGGGCGAUCUCAGAUUCGAUGGAGCAAGAUCAGUUCUUCUCUCUGCUCAGUCAUGUACAGAGGGGACACAUGGAUGACCAACGCUGUGUUUUGGACCCUAACAAGAAGAUCCUAAGUACCUCCAAAGACAAAGAUCCCAGUCAUACUGAUUCUGAUAUCGAGCAGCUUUUGAAUCUAGUGGCCACCACACAGAGAUGUCGCCUUGACGACCAGCGUGUGUCCAUUAAGAAAUUACCAGACCUCCAUGUAACACUUAGUAUCGCACAGGAUGGACAUGUGAAAACGGCAACUGACCAGCAAUCGGACCAGCAUGGCAACUUGCAGGGAGCAGUUUCAGAUUUGAUGGACCAGGAAGAGUUCUUCUCUCUGCUCAGUCAUGUACAGAGGGGACACUUGGAUGAUCAACGUUGUGUUUUAAACCCCAAGAAGUCAACAGAUACCAACAAAGAUAAAAUUACCAGCCAUACAGAUUCUGAUAUGGACCAACUUAUUAACCUUGUGGCCACUACUCAGAGAAGCCGCCUUGAUGACCAGCGUGUGUCCAUUGGAAUAGUACCAGGACUCUACCUGACUUCUGGAAGUGAACAGAAUGGACAAGUAAAAAUGGUGGUUGGACAGAAACCAAACCAGCCUGGCAACAUGAGGGCAACUUUAGAUUCUAUGGAGCAAGACCAGUUCUUCUCUCUACUCACACAUAUACAGAGGAGAAACAUGGAUGAUCAACGUUGUGUUUUGGACCCUAACAAGAAGACUCCAAGUACCCCCAAAGACAAAGAUACUGGUCAUACAGAUUCUGAUAUCGAGCAGCUUUUGAACCUAGUGGCCACCACGCAGAGAUAUCGCCUUGACGACCAGCGUGUGUCCAUUAAGAAAUUACCAGACCUCCAUGUGGCUGCUGGUAGUGAUCAGGAUCGACAAAUGAAAACAGCAGCGGGACAGAAAUCAAACCAGCUUGUCAAAAUGAGGGCGAUCUCAGAUUCGAUGGAGCAAGAUCAGUUCUUCUCUCUGCUCAGUCAUGUACAGAGGGGACACAUGGAUGACCAACGCUGUGUUUUGGACCCUAACAAGAAGAUUCUUUGUACCUCCAAAGACAAAGAUACUGGAGGAACAGAUUUUGAUAUCGAGCAGCUUUUGAAUCUAGUGGCCACCACGCAGAGAUGUCGCCUUGACGACCAGCGUGUGUACAUGAAGACAAUACCAGGCCUCCAUGUGACGUUUAACAUUGACCAAGACGGACACGUGAAAUUGGCAGCUAAUCAGGAAUCAAACCAGCUUGGCAGCAUGGGGGCAGUCUUGGGUUUGGUGGACCAGGACCAGUACUCUGUGGUCUGCCAUGAACAGAAAGGGAACGUGGAUGAUCAGGGCUGUGCUUUACUCCCCAGCAAAGACACCAUGCGCAAAGAAGGCCAGCGCAAAGCGUUCACGCGCUUGUGAUUCAUCACAUUACCACCUUGUAUGCAUUAACUUGAUUAUUAACUUUUUUUU